AUGGAUUUGAAAGAUGGUAGUUUAAGACAAUUUUUAAAUGAUAACUUCAUUUCACUGAAUUGGGAGAAUAAGUUAUAUAAUUUACAAGGUAUUGCAUUUGGUCUUAAAGAUAUUCAUAAUAAAGGAUUAAUUCAUCAUGAUUUUCAUUGUGGGAAUAUAUUAAGCAAUUUUAAUGAAGAGGCUUUUGUUACUGAUUUGGGAUUAUGUCAACCUGCUAAUGCCAAAUCCUCUCAAAAUAGUAAUAAAAAAAUAUAUGGAGUAUUACCUUAUGUAGCUCCUGAAGUUUUAAGAGGAAAAGAAUAUACUCAAGCAAGUGAUAUUUAUGGAUUUGGAAUCAUUGCAUAUGAAAUUUGUACAGGUUUCCCUCCUUAUUAUGAUAUAGCUCAUGAUGAAUUCUUAGCAAUGAAAAUUUGUAAGGGAUUGAGGCCAACGUCUAAUUAUAAAAUUCCUCAGUUAAUUUUUGACAUUAUUAAUCAAUGUUGGGAUGCAGACCCUUUAAAACGACCUAAUGCAGAAGAAUUACAUGAAUCAAUAUGGAAGUUAUAUCCUGAUAUUGAUAACAAUAAAGUGGAUUCUUUAAUUUAUGGGCAAGUUAAAGAGGCAGAUAAAAUUAAUAAAAAGUCAUCUUUUCCAGUCCAAUUUCCAUUAUCAUCUACAAGUAAACUCUCAUAUACAACACAUCCUCAAGCAGUUUAUACAAGUAGACUUUUAGAUUUUAAAAAUCUUCCAGAACCAAAAAAUGCUGAUAAUAAUGAUUUACUUGGAGUGGAAUAUUCAGAUUCCUUAAAAAUGGAUUUUACUAAACUUGAUAUUAAUCCUAAAGAUGAAAAAAUUAAAACACAUUUAACUUUAAAUGAAAAUAUUUUGUAUAUAAAAAAAACACAUCAAAUAUAAUUACUUGAGGAUGGUCUUUAAUAUUAAUCUGGGAUAUUUGAUGGAAAUAUAGAAGACUGAUAAUUUAUCAAUUAUUUAUAUCUGAAAGAUCAAGGAUUAGCGUUGUA